GUUGCCUGAACCUCUGCCGUUCCUCUCUGAACCUCACUUUGCCGCAGGGAGGCACUGCACUGAGAAACUGCCUUGCAACAGGUCCCGCCCCCCUGUUUAUUCCCUUUCUUAUAUCAAGAAGGGAAAAACACGGAACUACCUCUACCCGAUCUGGUCCCCAUACGCCUAUUACCUUUACUGUUACAAAUACCGGGUCAGCCGCCGGGAGAAGAUGCUGCCUUGCUGUUGUAAAAGCGUCACUUAUAAGGAGCGGGAGGACCUGACGCUCCGGCCCCGUUACUGCCUUCAGUGCUCCUGAGUCUCCAGUAGGCCUCCAGGUGGGCAGAACCGAUCAGGGGGACCGCAACCAGCUUAAAGAAUUGUAUUCGGCUGGGAAGCUGACGGUGCUAGCUCCUGAGCCCCUGCUCCCCCAGGACCCCGUGCAGAUAGACUUCCACUUUCGCCUCACCCCCCAGACCUCUGCCCACUGGCACGGCCUCCUCUGUGACCAUCGACUCUUCCUGGACAUCCCGUAUCGGGCCCUGGAUCAAGGCAACCGGGAAAGUUUGACCGCGACACUGGAGUACGUGGAGGAGAGGACCAGUGUGGACUUCGUGUUUGUGAACUUCCAAAGCGAUCGCAAUGACAGAGGUGCCCUACUGCGGGCCUUCAGCUACAUGGGCUUUGAGGUGGUCAGACCAGAUCACCCUGCCCUCCCUCCCUGGGACAAUGUCAUCUUUAUGGUGUACCCCCUUGAAAGGGACCUUGGCCACCUGGCCAGCGAGCCUCCCUGAACAUGCUUAUUCCUACUCUGUGAGGGGCUGGGAGCCUUGACACGGGAACCAGGAGCCCAGGAUGUGAUUCAGGACACCUUCCUCCAUCCUAGGAAUAAAGGGUAGUGCAAUC